AUGGAGAAUAGCACAGAAGUGACAGAGUUCAUCCUCUUGGGAUUAACUGAUGACCCCAAUAUUCAGGUUCCCCUCCUCCUGCUGCUUUUGUUUAUCUACCUCCUCACUCUGGCUGGAAAUGGGGCAAUGAUGACAAUCAUCCACUCAGACUCCCAUCUUCACGCUCUGACGUACUUCUUCCUCAGCAACCUCUCCUUUGUAGACCUGGGUGAUUCAUCAGCCGUAGCUCCUAAGAUGGUGGCUGCAUUGCAGUCAGGGAACAAAGUCAUCUCCUACAAUGGAUGUGCUGCCCAGUUCUUUGUGGGUUUUGCGGUCGAGUUCUACCUCCUGGCCUGCAUGGUCCAUGACCACCAUGCAGCUGUCUGUAGACCUCUUCAUUACACCACCACCAUGAGUAAGGUGUGUGCCCUGCUGGCUAUUGGCUCCUAUAUCUGUGGCUUCCUCAAUGCUUCCAUCCACACAGCAGACACCUUUAGAUUCUCCUUCUGUGGUUCUAAUGUGAUUACUCUUUUUUUCUGCAACAUUCCCCCACUCCUGGCUCUCUCAUGCUCCAACACACGCAUCAGCAAGUUGGUCGUUUUCUUUGUCAUUGGCUUCAAUGUCUUUUCCACUCUGCUGGUCAUCCUCAUCUCUUACCUUUUCAUAUACAUUGCCAUUCAAAGGAUGAGUUCUGCUAAAGGACAGAAGAAAGACUUCUCCACGUGUGCGUCCCAUCUCACCACAGUCUCCAUCUUCCAUGGCACAGUCAUCUUCCUGUACUUACAGCCCCCCUCCAGCCAGUCCAUGGACAUGGACAAAACAGCAUCUUUGUUUUAUACUGUAGUGAUUCCCGUGCUGAACUCCUUGAUCUACAGCCUUAGGAACCAAGAAGUGAAAAAUACUCUCUGGAAAAUACUCAACAAACUUUAUCCCCAAUCUUUAAGUGUGAGUAGAAGGCAGGCAGUUGAGGAAACCAAAGCUUUGAGAAGUUCACUUGCCUGCGUACUGUUAACAAGAGGAGCCAAGAUCGAACACAAGGAAGCUGAGGCCUGGGGAAGGGAAGUGGCUUCUGAGAGUCUCAUGUCCAGGAAGCGGCUGAGCCCCGUUUCGUGCCGUUUCCCAGCCUUGCAGACCACUGCACACACCACAGCCGCCCUGGCUGGUGGCCACAGCCCACUUCAUGCUUGCUUCUCCCUGGAUGUUUCUGACAGAGUCAUCUUUUGUUGCUAUAAACAUAUUACUGGUUCUCUCCUCAGAUAA